AUGGCUUCCACACUGGCCUCGCAAUGGCGCUCCUUUUGGCACACUCUGACCUCCAACGACCGCCAUGCCGGCCCCGACACCACACACCGGGCCGGUCACAACCCCAUACCGCAGUCCAAGAAGAACUCUUUAACGUCAACCAACACCAGCGCCCUAGAGUCAAGAACAGACCUCGAUCUCGAAGCCGGGAAUGGCUUCGUCAGCCACACGGGCGGCACCACCAGCCCUCCCUACUCACCCCCUGUGCGCCGCAGCUUACAGAGACAAGGGUCUGGCAUGGACAGUAGGAUGGAGGCCAUGGGCCAAGGCGAGAUUCAGAUGCAGAACUUCAGCGACGGCCUUCCACCGCCUCCCCCGGUAAGCCACUCCUGGAAGCGCAUUGAUCGAUGGUUGGAGGACAAUUAUGAGGAGCUCUUCGAGAACAUGGGUCAAGGCGCGACGGUCAACGACGUCAAUGAGUUGGAACACGACCUAGACUGCACGCUGCCACAGGAGGUUCGAGAGUCAUUGCAGGUUCACGACGGUCAAGAGCGCGGCGGAAUGCCCACGGGUGUCAUCUUCGGUUGUAUGCUACUCGACUGUGAGGAGAUCCUGCAGGAAUGGCAAAACUGGAGGACCGUCAACGAGGCGUACUUGAACGAUGCACAGCAGUUUGAGAUCCCUCAGGCACCCCUCAAAGCGUUUGCUGGGUCGUCCUCAUCAGCCGUCCCGGUAGCGCAAGUUCAGCAAUCAGCAAACCCGCGCUGGCGAGACGAGCUUCUUGACAAGCAGGACUCACAACCUCCAAACGCCAUCCAGAAAGCAUAUGCUCAUCCAGGAUGGAUUCCACUGGCAAGAGACUGGGGAGGCAACAACAUUGCGGUGGAUCUCGCACCAGGCCCGACCGGCAGAUGGGGUCAGGUCAUCCUCAUGGGACGCGAUUACGACUGCAAAUAUGUCGUAUCACGGUCAUGGUCGGCCUUCCUCGCAACCCUCGCCGACGAUAUGCACACCGACAAGUGGUUCAUUGACGAGGAUACGAAAGAGUUGAAGUUGGGCGAGUUCAGACAUCAGGGUGUUGAGCCGGCAUACAUUGACAUUCUGCGAUGGAGGUCAGACCAGAAGUUCGGCAGAAGAGUGCCCAAGAAGAAGCCUUUGCGAGUCAACAGCAAUGUUUCGCCAGGUGGAACUGGAUUCUCGCCAUAUGGUUCGCCCACGAAGGAAGACCGAGGACGAUCACCCCAUCGAUACAGCAACGGCAACGGAAAGCAACCUGCACAUGGAACUUCCAGCCCGAGAGGUCAUGUUGGAAGUCCCUUGGCACGUGUUGCUGAAGAGAGCUCACCGGUGCACGCACAGCCAUUGCCUUUGACGGUUGACACGAAUGUGGAGCAGUCGACCGAGAAGUUGAUCUCUGGCGUGGAGACUCCAGGAUCUGUCAAAGCAGGAAAGCUUGUGGCAGUGGACAGCCCUCGGCAACCACCCGAAGACGCGCUCAAUGAGAGACGUAGUAGCCAGCCGUUUCCCAAAAGCAGGCUCGGCGGUACUGUGAUGAGCAGUAGCGAUGAAGAGACCUCGCCUCUCUCGCCAGCGAAGGAUGAAGGCCUGCCAAGCGUAGAGAGCGAAAUGAAGGAUGUGAAGAUUUGA